CAAAAGGUAGACAGAAUAGGGUUAGACUUCAGUCGUGCAUCAGUUACAUUUAAACAUUUACUUAAAAACGGGUUGUAAACAUACACUGUAUAUGGGCGCAUUAGGAGCCGCGACCAAACCACGUGAUCAUAUGCGGAAAUUGUACUAGCGAGAGAGUGCAUUGGAGAAAGGACGAGAGGAGGAGUGGAGGUCCGCCUGUGCUGUGAGCUGCUGGAGGUAUUAUCUGAAACCCCUCCGUACCAAGACGCACGUUCCCAGACAAGACAGUCGUCGGUGUCGGUUACCUGUACGAGUGUCACUUGCAGGGAAUAAAAGUAAGAUGAGCAACAAGCCUAAAAGCCACAAGGGCCUGGGGGAAGGACAGUGGAUGGCAAGGCUGAGGGCAUUUGCCAGCUCAGGGGUUUGGCCUUCUGGAGGCAACAGACCAGCCCCUAGGCAGCGGAAGUGGUAUGCCCUCUAUCAGAAGAUUGAGAAUUGCCCCAUGCAGGUCCGUGGACAGUCCACUCUGUUUGGAGGGUCAGUGGCCUGUAACUGUGGCUUUCACGGUGCUAAGCAGCCCACCACUCAGCCUCCUGCCGCUGCCUCACAGUCUGCUGCUGUGGCCCCUGGUGCAACGGCUGCUGUGCCACCGUCACAGUCUGCUGCUGUGGUCUCGGACCCUGGUGCAACGGCUGGUGCAACGGCUGCUGUGCCACCAUCUUUCUUUCGCCCCCCUCCAAGUUUGUCAAUGUUCACUAAAUCACGCUUUGGUGGAUCUACCUCACCAAAGCCUAAUUUAGUGGCUAGGAGGAGCCCGAGCCCCUCUGCCUCCCCUGCGAGGACCCCGAGCCCCUCUGCCUCCCCUGCGAGGACCCCGAGCCCCUCUGCCUCCCCUGCGAGGACCCCGAGCCCCUCUGCCUCCCCUGCUAGGGCCCCAAGCCCUGCUCCAUCCCCUGCGAGGACUCCCAGCCCCUCUGCCUCCCCUGCUAGGGCCCAGAGCCCUGCUCCAUCCUCUGUGAGGACCUCGAGCCCUGCUCCACCCUCUGUGAGGACCCCGAGCCAUGCUCCAUCCUCUGUGAGGACCCGGACCCCCGCUGUGUCCACCAGCAUGGCAGAAGUCUGUGAUGCACCUGGAGGAGUUCAGCUGGCCACUGCGGGGGCUGCAGCUUCGGUGUGGUUGCCAUCAGAGAUGUACAAAAACAUCCCUGUCCAAGACCAGAGGUGGAUUUCGAACGCCAUCUUCCACUCUGGCAAACUGCGGCAAGACCUGAAGCUGUGGUACGAGCCCCCUGCCCCAGCCCUCAUCUACCACCAGACACCGACACCAGACCGCUUCUUAAACCACAGGCUGAUGGUGUGGAUGCCCUACCACCUGUGGAAGGUGAGGGUAACCUGCCCUGAGUGUGGGAAGCAGCUGACGGGGUACGGUGUCCACAAGAGGGCUCGGAAGGUCCUGGACAUCGACAGGUAUUACCUGAUGGUGACAGAGACACUCAGGUGCACUGUGUGUUCUCUGAACUACCUGUCCACCUCCGAGACUGUCCGGAAUCAGCUGGACCUGCCGCACCAGAAAAUGUUCCGGAUGAUCCUGACCCGCCAGUACGCCUGUGACAUCCGUGUCAUUCGCCUGCUGCGUGACCGGACUCUCGGGAACAGUCCAGCACGUCUGGUGAAGCAGCUGAAGGAGAACCAUGGGGAGGAAUGGCUGAACAGGUUGGCACACUAUCUUGGGGAGUGUGCUGAGUUUGUUGGCCGGCCAAGCCUCUUCCCAGUGGUGUGCCAGGAUCCCCCAGAGCCCAUUGAUGUGCCCACCAGUCGCUGGCUGCUGACGGUCUAUGGCAGGGACAUCCUCUCUCGCCUGGACCAUAUUAAAGCCAGCAUCACAUCAACGUUUGGCUCCAUCUUAAAGAUGGACUCAACCAAACAGAUCACAAAGAAGCUGGCUGGCCAUGCCAAGGGGACUGGUCUCUGGGUCACCUCCAUUGGGAACGAGGUUGGCCAGAUCGUGACCAGUGUGGUGACAGUGCAGGAGGGGCCAGGACUGGACAGGAUGGUGGCAGGAGUGAUGGAGCGGUACCGCCUUGCAGCUGUCGCACCCCCACUGCUGCUGUAUGUGGACUGUAACUGCUGCAUCAGUGAGGGGUCCACCACGCUGCAGAACAGGUUUGGGGAGUGGCCAGACCUCCAAAUACGGCUGGACAUCUGGCACUUCAUGCGGAGGCUGGCUGUUGGGUGUACCACCGACGCCCAUCCCCUCUACCCCACCUUCAUGAGCUGCCUCUCUGCCUGCAUUUUUGAGUGGGAUGCAGGGGACCUCUCUCUGUUGCAUCAGGCAAAGAGAGAGCAGCUCAGGCAGGAAGGUGUGCCAGCCAUUACUGAUGCUGCGGUGGAUGCCAGGAUCAGUAAGAGGGAGCUGAGCCAGUACUGCCGCAGGAGGACGCGCGGCGUGGAGGCCACCAUCAGCCUCAUUGGGCGGCUGCUGCAGCAACUGGGCGGGACCAAUGGGAAUGACCUGAUGGGGGUGCCACUGCUGGACCAGGUGCGCACGGAGCACAUCUGGCGUGUGCAGCAACGCCACGUCAGCUGCAUCCAGGACCUGCCUGGUGUGCAGCUCUACACCGAGACCGGCACCAUCAGGAAGGGAGGUGUGGUCCUCACCAGCUACCGCUGUGCCAGGGGGUCCACAUCCCUGGAGUCCUUCCACUGCCACCUGAACAGGUUCAUUCCAGGAACCAGUGCAAAUGCGCUGAAUUUUCAGCUCUACCUCCUGGAAGGCCUGAACAGGUGGAACCAGGACCGGGGGGCGGCGGCGGUGACCAGCAGGCCAUCGUCUCUGCUCACCUACUCCGGGGAUGUGACCCAGAGCGUCAACACCAACAACAUAAAGGUGUUUGGCCGGGCAUAUGUGCCAAACUUCAGGCCACCUUCCAAAUACACCGGAGAGCUGCUUGGUGUUGACUACCUCCUAAGUCAGACUGGGCAGCCCCUGAAGGUCAACCCUGACGCAGAGGAGACGGAGGACAUGCUGGAGGAUGUGGAGGGGGGUGAGGAAGUGGACGAGGGCAUUGAGGAAGACCAUAUACCUGACCUCAUGGUGCCAGGUCUCCUUGUUAACCCAACACAGCCUAUCUUCUCUCUGGCUGCUCCCUCCUCCGUGGCUGCUGCCUCCUCCCAGCCUGCUGCCUCCUCCCAGCCUGCUCCCUCCUCCCUGGCUGCUGUCUCCUCCCUGGCUGCUCCCUCCUCCCUGGCUGCUGCCUCCUCCAUGGCUGCUGCUGCCUCCUGCAUGGCCGCUCCCAUCCAGCCUGCUGCCUCCUCCCUGGCUGCAGAUGUGUCUGGGGCCGUGGAUGAGUCCGGCAUGCCAGGCAUGGACAGGGUGGACAGGCUGGCAAAAUGCCUCGUGGAGCUGCGCAACCAGCCACUACUAACACUCAGCAACCAGCAGGUGGACAAUAUUGUCGGCCUCUGGCAGGAACUGCUUCCCUACGACCAGCAGCGGGUGGUCUUUGCCGCAAGACACCAGACCAAGCUGGCCACGGGGAGGUUCAGGAGUCCUAAGAAGAGGCAGGAGUUCACGCCGGGGGUGGAGAGCGUAAAGAGGCAUGCCCUCACCACCUCUGCCCCAAUUGCCCAGUGGCCAGACUGUUGCCGGCUCGUGGAGAGCAUCUUCGUUAGGCUCUGUGCCAUCCACCGCGGUCCCAAGAAGAAGGGGACUGGCACAGUGUCUAGGUUUGACCUCGUCCUGGAGGACUACCGCCAGAUCAGGCGGCGUAUUCUGGGGUCCGAGGUCAUGCCGAAGACCUCCAUGCAGCUGGUGGACGUGAGCCACACCACCCUGGUCCAGUGGAACAGCAAGAGGGUGCAGAGGCAAGAGGGUGCAGAGGCAGGAGACUGCGGUGGUCAUGCAGGGGCUGGACCUGCCCAGUCGACUGUCUGUGGCGGCUGACCCUCUCCCCACAGCCAAAACGCGGGCCGUGUCUGCACCCCCCCAAUCUGGCCCGGCUCACCAGUACCACCUGCCCAGCAGCACCGUGGGCCAAGCGAGGAGAAAGACCACACACACACACACACCCGCAGUCGCCACACACACACACACACCCGCAGUCGCCACACACACACCCGCAGUCGCCACACACACACCCGCAGUCGCCACACACACACACACACCCGCCACACCUGUGGCUGUGAGGCCACGUACUCCUCGGCAGCUCUUCCCUGCUCCAGCUCCAGCUCCAAGUUCAUCUCCGAAGCUGAUGCUGCUGGGACCAGUAGGUGCUCAGGUGCCUGUCCUGAUGGCUGCCCCACAGGCCCUGAGCUACAGCCUCAUGCCUCCUCCUCCUCCUCCUCCUCCUGCUCCUCCAGUCCGCAAACUGACCCGCAGGGUACUACACAACACCUGUAAGCAGUGUAAGGAGUUUAGGACGGCAGAGACUGGACACAGCCAGUAUAAAGGAAAGGUGUACUGCCCAAACAUUGAAACUGUCCCAAAAGAACAGUGGCUGGAGGACAUGAAGAAAAAAAAAAAAGUUUGAUUCAUAUAUUGUUCAUAUAUGAUAUUGUAAUAAAAGUUUGGUUGAUAAAAAAA